CUGGAGCAGGUAGGCGCGGCGAGGAGCCCGCGCGCCCAUGGAGCAGCGCCCCGACGUCUUGGAAUACAACCUGGCAGCUGCCUGCCUCACCGAGGGGAAACGGAGCAGGGCCUGUCUCCGGCGGGCCGUGUGCCGCUCCCUCAGCCCGGGCAGCCGCGGCCAGAGCCCGGCGGGUGGGCUGAGCGCUCGGCGCCCCCUGCCAGCAGCUCCCCAGCAGCUCCCGCAGCCGGGGCGCAGCCGUCCCCUCCCGUCGGGUCGCCCUGACCUGGUCUCUUUGCGCGCAGUGAAAUCCAUCCGCAGUGUGCCCGCCUACCUGGCAGAGACGCUCUACUACGCCAUGAAGGGCGCCGGGACGGACGACCACACCCUCAUCAGAGUCAUGGUGUCCAGGAGUGAGGUCGACCUGCUGGACAUCAGGAAGGAGUUCAGGAAGAACUUCGGCACCUCUCUGCACGCCAUGAUCGAGGGUGAUACUUCUGGGGACUAUAAGAAGACCCUCCUGCUGCUCUGUGGCGGGGACGACGACUGAGCCCCGCCUCCGCACUGCAGCCCCGCCACCGUCCUCGCCUUACUCGCACGAGCACGCCAGUGACCGCGUCUUUCACGUCACAAAAGAUCAUGGUGCUUCUUUCUGACCCUCACAGCUUCCUCUGACCGUUGCGCUGAAGUGCCCUUACCCUGCUAAACACGAGGGCUAGGUCAGCUAUAUUUUUCUUUAAGAGACUGGACUGCUUUUAGCCUUAGAAAACUUCAUUUACAUUAAACCAGUAGCCGCGUUCCCUUAAUCAGCACCUUAGCCUCAAGUUGUGAACUUCUGGAAUUGAUGUCAACCAAGUUUCCUCCUAAAUUAAACCUGAAAAGUCAU